GCUCCGCCGCGUUCACGCACGAGCACUGCCGGGCGCGCGCCUCGGGCUCGGGCGGAGCGGAAGACGCGUGGAGCUGUGCGAGGACCCGCGGGCUGUGCAGCUCGCUGGGAUUUACAAUCUCUAAAGCACUCCUCCUGAAAGAUCCUAUGGUUACAGAGUAUUUGAAGAACAGCUUUGGCAGCCAUCACCCUUCUUUGAAGGAAGUAUCUAAGUGGGAAAUUUAUUUUACUGUUUUAUCUCUAGAACUAGGAAUCCAAAUGGUGUUUAAAAAAAAAAAGCACUAGGAAUUCUUAGAGUGAGUACACAUUAAUUGUGACCUCUGAUAAAGUGUUUUAGAAAUAUGUGUUCAAGUUUGGUUUGAAUGAAAAAUGUCUCUCAAUCAACCUAUAUUUCUGAAAGAAAAGGAAGAGAAGAAUUCAGAGUUUGUGGAAAUACAACAAUCACAAACUACUUCCAUAGCUGCAGAAAAUCCUCUUCAAAACUUACGCUUAGCGUCUCAAGAAGUUCUUCAAAAAGCUCAACAAAGUGGAAGAUCAAAAUGUCUUAAAUGUGGUGGUUCAAGAAUGUUCUACUGCUAUACAUGUUAUGUCCCAGUUGAAAAUGUACCUAUGGAACAGAUGCCACUUGUGAAGCUUCCACUGAAGAUUGACAUCAUUAAACAUCCAAAUGAAACAGAUGGCAAAAGUACCGCUAUACAUGCAAAACUCUUAGCACCUGAAUAUGUAACUAUUUACACUUACCCUUGUAUUCCGGAAUAUGAAGAAAAGGACCAUGAAGUUGCGCUUGUUUUUCCUGGACCUAAGUCAGUCUCAAUAAAAGAGAUUUCUUUUUAUUUGCAAAAACGGAUUCAAAAUAAUGUUAGAGGCAAAAACGAUGACCCUGACAAGCCGUCUAUUAAACGCAAGAAAACUGAAGAACAGGAUUUGAAUGACAGCAAGUGCAAAGAGACAACACUGAAAAAAAUUAUAUUUAUAGAUAGCACCUGGAACCAAACUAACAAAAUACUCAGUGAUGAGAGACUUCAAGGGUUGUUACAAGUUGAGUUGAAAACAAGAAAAACUUGCUUCUGGCGCCAUCAGAAAGGAAAGCCAGACACCUUCCUUUCCACAAUUGAAGCCAUUUACUACUUUCUGGUAGACUACCACACUGACAUACUGAAAGAGAAAUACAAAGGACAAUAUGACAAUCUUUUAUUUUUCUACUCUUUUAUGUACCAAUUGAUAAAGAAUGCCAAAUGCUCUGGAGACAAACAAGAAAAGUGACACAUUAGUUUUCAAGAAGCUACUUGUGUCAUUUUAUUUUGCUAAAAUCAAUAAACUUGUAAUUGUGCUUUAUUUAUUCUUAAGAAA